AUUUCAUUCUCUCCCACGCAGUCCUAUCAGAAACCCUAGCCGAGCCGACGAGCGCAAGCCUCAGAUCUAGGGUUUAGAGGAGGAUGACGUUCAAGCGAAGGAAUGGUGGUCGCAACAAGCACGGCCGCGGCCACGUCAAGUUCAUUCGCUGCUCCAACUGUGGCAAAUGCUGCCCUAAGGACAAAGCUAUUAAGAGGUUUCUGGUGAGGAACAUUGUGGAGCAAGCUGCUGUUCGUGAUGUGCAAGAAGCUUGUGUUUAUGAUACUUAUACUCUCCCCAAGUUGUAUGCCAAGAUGCAGUACUGUGUUUCUUGUGCAAUUCAUUCGCAUGUUGUUAGGGUUCGUUCCCGCACUGACAGAAGGAAGCGUGAUCCACCUCAGCGCUUUAGACGCCGGGAUGACAUGCCAAAACCAGGUCAAGCACCUCGCCCUGCUGGUGCAGCUGCUGCUCGUCCCUGAAAAUCCGCAGCAUGUUCUGCUUUACUGCCAUGAGCUUUUCUGCUUUGGUUCAGCAAUGGUUCCUAUUGCAUUUUAUCCAUAAAUGUUUUGACUUUGGGACUUCUAUUUAGUUUUUGUGUGGCCCAGCAUCAUUUUAUAGCAUGUAAUCCAUUGGGAAAAGUGACAAUUGAAGAGAAACACCCGGGAGAAUUUCAUAUCCUUUUUUUCUGCUUGGGAAAGAAAAAACUUGUUGCAUUUUUCAA